AUGCCACAAGGAUCAAAGGUUCAUUUUUCUGUGGACAAGAAUGUUUCAAAGCUGGCUGUGGGUAGUCCAAUUCUCUGUCAGUCGGCAACGCAUCUAAGAGCCUUGAACAUACCCAUAGGGAAAACACACAAAUUGAUACAUGAUAUUGCGACGCCUCGUCGACCUCUCCUUGACGAUCCUAACAUCAAUAGAGAUGGAUCAUUCAAUCCUUUCGGAAAUUUUAGAUUUACAGGUACACUCCGCCCGGUGUAUCCACUAUCCCCGAAAAGACAAGUCCCAGAUCACAUCCAAUUGCCUGACUACGUUGAAGAUGGCAUCCCAAUAUCGGAGCACAGACGAGCCGGUCAGCCACCAAGGAUAUUGAGCCCUGAGGAGCAGGAAAAGAUGCGGACUGUUUGUAGGCUAGCUCGGGAGGUAUUGGAUAUCGCAGCAUCGCACGUACGACCCGGAAUCACGACCGAUGAGAUUGACGAGAUAGUGCACGUCGAGACAAUAAAGCGGAACGCAUAUCCGUCACCUCUUAAUUACCGUGGAUUUCCGAAGUCUGUCUGCACGUCCAUUAAUGAGGUAAUCUGCCAUGGUAUUCCAGAUAAACGUAAAUUGCAAGAAGGCGAUAUCAUCAAUAUUGAUGUGACACUCUAUUAUGAUGGAUUCCAUGGGGAUCUUAAUGAGACAUAUCCCGUCGGGAAGAUUGACGAUGAUUCCAUGAAGCUUAUUCGAACUACACGUCAGGCGCUUGAUGCGGCAAUAAAACUCUGCAAGCCAGGUGCGCUGUUCCGUGACCUCGGAAAAACAAUCGAGCCCAUUGUUCGUGCGAAUGGAUGUGCUGUUGUUCGAACGUACUGCGGACACGGCAUCAAUGACCUCUUCCACUGUGCGCCCAACGUGCCGCAUUAUGCCAAGAAUAAGUCUGUUGGCACGAUGAAGCCUGGCAUGGCAUUCACAAUUGAACCGAUGGUAAACCUAGGCUCCAACUGGGAUCUGACACACUGGCCAGAUGACUGGACUGCGGCUACACUGGAUGGGAAGCGCAGUGCACAAUUUGAGGAAACUCUACUGAUCACCGAAACUGGUGUAGAAGUUCUUACUGCAGGACAAAGACGAGCAGAUCUAUAUGAUUAG